AUGGCGGCCCGUGUCCCACACGCGCUGUCGUCUGACAAGGACUGCCUCUGCCUCUCUGCUUCUGACUUGGAUUGGGUGUUUCUGAAGCUGUUUUUAAGUCAGAUCCUUCUGACUUAUGCAUCAGUUUACCAUGAUGGAACAAUCACAUAUGGAGGCUACUCAGAUACGAUGGUAGCUAACGAGCGCUACAUAGUCCGAUUCUCGGAUAACAUGCCACUUGACGCUGGUGCUCCCCUUCUUUGUGCCGGGAUCACAGUGUAUAGUCCCCUAAAAUAUUUUGGUUUAGCCGAGCCGGGUAAGAACAUUGGAGUUGUUGGCCUAGGCGGGCUUGGUCACAUGGCUGUCAAAUUUGCCAAGGCUUUUGGGGCGAAAGUGACGGUAAUUAGCACCUCCAUUAGCAAGAAGGAUGAAGCUUUGAAACAUCUUGGUGUUGACUCAUUUUUGCUUAGCCAUGACCAAGAACAAGUGCAGGCUGCCCAAGGCACUUUGGAUGGUAUUAUUGACACAGUAUCUGCUCCUCACCCUAUUUUGCCAUUACUGGGUCUAUUGAAGUCUCAUGGAAAGCUUGUUAUGGUGAGUUUACCGGACAAGCCGCUGGAGCUAUUUGUCUUUCCUCUAGUUACGGGAAGGAAGAUGGUUACGGGGAGUGGCAUAGGAGGAAUGAAGGAGACACAAGAGAUGAUUGACUUUGUGGCAAAACACAACAUCACCGCAGACGUUGAGGUUAUUUCGAUGGAGUAUGUCAACACGGCAAUGGAGCGUCUUGCUAAGGGUGAUGUUAGAUACCGAUUUGUCAUUGACAUUGGAAACACCUUGGAUGCUACCAAGCCUUGAAGACUCUCUCGUGUCUUGAUUUUCCUGUUUU